AUGCGGGCCGCGCCGCUCGCCGCGUCGUUGUGCGCCGCCCUCCUCCUGCUGCUGCUGCUCCUGCCGGCUCCGGGCGCCGCCGAGCGCCGCCGCCUGGCGUGCGCCACCUGCCGCGGCCUCGUGGAGCGCUUCAACCAGGGCCUGGCAGAUACAGCCAAGAAGAACUUUGGUGGCGGAAACACUGCUUGGGAAGAGAAGACCCUAUCAAAGUAUGAAUCCAGUGAAAUCCGUCUAGUAGAGAUCAUAGAGAAUCUGUGUGACAGCAGCAACUUUGAAUGCAACAAUAUGGUAGAAGAACAUGAAGAACAGAUAGAGAAGUGGUGGUUCAAACUAAAGAAGAAAUACCCUGAUUUGUUUAAGUGGUUUUGCAUAGAAACGAUAGAAGUUUGCUGCCCUCCUGGAACAUAUGGACCAGAUUGCCUUGCUUGUCGUGGUGGGUCGGAAAGACCUUGCCAUGGGAAUGGCCACUGCGAUGGUGAUGGUACUAGAAGUGGAGAUGGCUCUUGUAGCUGCAAAAAGGAAUAUACGGGAGAAUUUUGUUUGGACUGUUCUGAUGGUUACUUCAGUACCUUGAAAAAUGAGACACAUUCUGUUUGUACAGCCUGCCAUGCUGCCUGUAAAACUUGUACUGGGUCAAGUAAUAAGGACUGCCAAGAUUGUAAAGAAGGCUGGAUCAAAAAUGAAGAAGCAGCUUGUGUGGAUAUUGAUGAGUGUGAUGGUUCUCCUUGCAAAGAUGAUCAGUAUUGUUUGAAUACAGACGGAUCCUUCUCGUGCAAAGCAUGUGAUGCUAGCUGUGUAGGUUGCACAGGGGAAGGUUCAGACAAGUGUAAGACCUGUGCAUCUGGAUUCAUAAAGGAAGAUGAAAAGUGUGCAGAUAUAAAUGAAUGUACUCUUCCAGAAAAAGUAUGCACUAGAGAGAAUGAAGAUUGUGUUAACACUAAAGGUAGUUACAAGUGUGUGUGUUCAGAAGGGUUUGAAGAGAAAGAUGGAAUGUGCAUUCAAAUCAUAAAAACAGGAGAGGAAAUAGAGACUGGAGCAUCUGAGCAUCCACCUGGUGGACAUGAUGACUUAUGAUCUGCAUUCAGAAUCAAGACAUUCCUAUCUACACUUAAAUUAUUGGACUUAUAAGCUUUUCUAGCUGACAUACUGUGGAACUGGUAUAAAUAUACAGGUUACCAUUAGGAUUUUUUAAUGAUGAGAAACUGCUCUUUAAGCUUCAUUUCCUUAUUCUUAAAUACCACUUUUUAUACAGUUGUUUAAAAGCAGAACUCUUGAUGGGUAAGUAUAAAAUUUGAAUUAACAUAAUGUUGUACCCAGGAAUUGUGUACAAGUUGCAGAUUUCUCAUUAUAGUGCCUACUGGAAACUGUCAUCUUUUUGGAAGGACU